UGGAACUGUCCUACCCCUGGCUGGUGCUCUCUCUCUCUUGUUACGUAGUGCACUGUACAGAUGUUUUUGUAAUGUAAAUAGUCGUACCAUUGAUAAUAAUUCAAUACGAAGAUUUAGUAUUUUUAAUGAGAUAAGAACUGCACUUUAAACUCAUUCACAGUGGAGCGUGUCAACAUUAAUCAUGUCUGGAUACGGGAAAUUCGGAGCGUUAAUUGGUGCCAUUGACGAGGGCACUUCAAGUGCGCGUUUUAUAAUUUUCAAAGCGAAUUCAUCGGAAGUUAUAGCAUAUCAUCAAAAAGAACUUGAACAACAUUUUCCCCAAGAAGGAUGGGUAGAGCAGGAUCCUUACGCUAUUUUGGAAGUAGUUACGACUUGUAUAGAAAAGGCUGUGGAGAAACUAGAGGCAUUGGGAGGCUCGGCUAAGGAUAUUGUAGCAGUUGGAGUAACAAAUCAGCGAGAGACAACAAUUGUGUGGGACCGAAACACGGGCAAACCAUUGCACAAUGCAAUUGUGUGGUUAGAUAUGCGCACUUCUUCCACUAUUGACAAGUUAUUAGACACAGUGCCUAACAAAACAAGGAAUAAAAACUAUUUAAAGCCACUAUGUGGACUUCCUUUAUCUCCAUACUUCAGUGCUGUUAAAUUAAGAUGGCUCAGUGAUAAUGUUGAUGCUGUUAAAAAUGCCAUGAAAAAAGGAACAUGCUGUUUUGGAACUGUUGAUACUUGGAUCAUAUGGAACCUAACUGGUGGUCCUAAUGGUGGAAAGCAUGUCACCGACGUGACCAAUGCCUCUAGAACUAUGAUGAUGAAUAUUGAGAAUUUGAAUUGGGAUCCUUUGUUAUUGAAGUUCUUUGAAGUUCCUAAGAGUGUUUUACCUGAAAUAAGGUCCAGUUCAGAGGUGUAUGGUUACAUAGCUGACGGACCAAUAAAAGGUACCCCCAUAGCGGGCUGUCUUGGAGACCAGCAGGCGGCCUUAGUUGGGCAAAUGUGCUUACAGAAAGGCCAAGCAAAAGCAACUUAUGGAACUGGUUGCUUUGUACUUUAUAACACUGGCGACAUUCGCGUUAACUCUGCCAGGGGUCUUUUGACCACUGUCGCCUAUCAACUAGGAAGUAAUAGCCAACCAUUUUACGCCUUGGAAGGAUCGGUAGCUGUCGCUGGAGCAGCAUUAGGGUGGCUAAGAGAUAACAUUGGUCUUCUAGAAAGCGCUAAGGAUUCACAAGGGCUAGCAGAGAAAGCAACCGAUAAUGGCAGUGUUGUAUUUGUGCCAGCUUUUAGUGGCCUGUAUGCCCCGUACUGGCGUCAAGAUGCGAGAGGUGUAAUAUGUGGCAUUUCUGAAGAUACGAACUCAAACCACAUCGUUAAAGCAGCCCUGGAAGCCGUUUGUUUUCAAGUGCGUGAUAUUUUGGACGCUAUGAACGAGGAUUGCGGGAUACCUCUUCAACUAUUGAAGGUCGAUGGUGGUAUGACUUCCAAUGCCUUAGUCAUGCAAAUGCAAGCUGAUUUAAUUGGUAUUAAUGUCAUACGGGCUGGAUUCACUGAAAGUACAGCGUUAGGAGCAGCACUCGUUGCUUAUUGGGGUGUCGAACCUUCCAAACAGGGUUCAGCUAUACCGAUGACAAGUGGUACCACAUAUUCAUCUCUCAUUACCGAUGACGAGCGUGAUAUGAGAUACAAGCAGUGGAAAAUGGCUGUAGACAGGUCUUUAGGAUGGGAGCAAAACUAAAAACAAUAGAAGAAGCCUUAUACGAAACCGGACAAGUUCCAAUUGAAAGCAAUAAUACAAAACAGACAGAUCACAUAUUUUAUAUAGUAAUUUACUGUACGACACAGAUACAGCUUUACAUAUUUAAGGCCUUUUUAUAACCAUAUCUCUACGAAUAAUACCUAUAUACUGUUAAGUGCUAUACGUUAUAAAAAUCGCUUAAACGCUUGCGUUAGUAGUAAGUAAUCUAUGUUACUCAGCUUACGGCUACGGUUUUAUUUCAUUGGGAUUGUUUUCUAAGAUCAUUCAAUUUUUUCUGCUUUUCGUUAGUAAUUCAAGUACAUAAAAAAUUUUAAACAUGCCAUUGUUACAAUAUGAAUGUUACAUGUACAGUUAAUUUAUAUUUUUGUAAACAAAAAGUUGAUUUGCGGCCUACAGACAGGAACUCGUGCAAGAACUAAAGCUAUUUAAAAUAUUCGUCCGGUCACUCCUGGUCAACGUGGGUUAGCAGAAACAUUAGGUACCAUCAAAAGCGAGCUCACAGUGUUUUUCCCAUACAUAAAGUAGGUACAACUAUCUAACUAUGGUCUUUCUCCACGAACUCAAAAUUACUCUAAUAUUUAAUGUGCGAAAAAUAUUAAUAAAAUACUUCAUUCUUAUAUUGCUUGAAAGUGCAUACCAAACAAUUCACGCCUAAAUAAAAAUACUUUUUACUUUUGUCCUACUAUACGUUUUAAAAUUCAACAUUCAACUCAAAUUGAAGACAAACUCCAAACGAAUUUAUUCAAAGUAGGUAUAGUAGGACUAUUUUCCUAUCCAGUACUUACCUAGCAGUGUCAUGUUUCAACUACCGAGAUGAAAAAUAUACAGUCAAAUGAUACAAUUGAGUCGCUUGAGGAUGACUCACGUCACGACAUAUAAUUUUGUCAGCUGAUGCCAUCCCACGCACAAGUUGUUAUCCCUGUGGACCAGGAGGAGUGUGCCAGACUAUAGCCACAUACACGUGAGAGCAAGUUCUAUCGCUCCUACCUGUUGUACCUACACGAUACGUUUAACGUAUUUGCGGUAUAUUUACAUUCCAUGCUAUUUAAUAGCUUGAUUCGGCGUACCUUUUAAUUAUAAUCGUACAAAAUAUCUGUGAUCAAAUAACGUAGGUACCUAUUUAACUUACAAUAUCAGCGCUCGAAGUGAACAGUUUGUGUUGUUAUUGACUUAGUACUAGCGAUAAACUAUAAAAUGUUAUACGCUGACAAUUUUUUGUUAAAGAAAAUAAGUUUCAAGUUAUAAGCUGAUACAUUAUGGCGUAUAAAUCCUAAGGUAGUGAUUCGCGGGCGCGGGUGAGUGUGGUCGACUUGACUAUAAAUUGGAUGGAAUUCACCAACCGAUUUCUUCCUUUAUUUAUUUCUUGCACACCAAUUCUCAUUUUUUUCAUCUGCCACUUACCUAUAUGAGCAUGUAUGAGUUUUCGUUUAAAAAUAAGUGAUCGUCGUCCAUUUUAUCAAACGCUGACGCGCAAACGCCUUGCGGUUUAUAUGUAAACACGAAAUCGAAUCAGCUGUGGCGCAUUUAGCAAUCGCAGAGCCUAUAACAAAGUUAACGCGAGGCCUUAAUUCACCGACAAUUUCGACGUCUAUUUUUCUUAAAACAAUUGUUUUUAUUUUAAAUCAAAGCAAUCACAAUACACUUUGGUCAUGAACUGCUUUGAUUUUAUUGCGUCGCUGGUAUAGGUUCCUUUCCAGUACCUACCUAGUUAGAUACAUUACAAAUUCUUGCGUAAAGGGUUUCGAAGCCACCAUAAUAAAGUGCUAGUUCCUACAGGGUCAAUUUCCCUUAAUGUUAGGUAUAUAACUAAUGUAACACGCAGUGCGUAUCCUAUACCUACGUAAUAUAUGUACUUGUACUAAGGCGGACCCUAGACCUACAAUAACAUUGUGCACAUAGACAUCAAUUUGGCACAAUAGCCUAAUGUUGCGCAGUACAAAUGUUCGUCUGGGGAGCGCUUACUAUUUAAGAUUAGAACAAUACUAUUGAACUACCGUCAAUUAAUAAAUUAUAUAAUAAUUUUAGUAUACAGAUUAACUAUUGUUGGUUAAUCCAGGAGUUUUAUAUUUUAUACGAAGAGACAGUUGCAUGCACAACGAGAAAUACUGAAAUGCUUAAGGCAACUAAUAUUAAUUAGGUAUAAUAUGUCUACGCGUAACCGACUAACGCCUAUUUUCACCGAUAGCAUAAACGCCAGUUUUCUUAAAACAACUUGUUAAAUUGAACGUAUAAAUUCAUACUAAACAACUGUAUAGGCACUAAGAAAACAGUUGUUUUAAGAAAACUGACGUUUAUGUUGUCGAUUGUCGAUGGGCUGAGGCCUAAGCACGCAUUGCGAGUGUCUGGCCCGUACAAUGUGAGGUAUAACUGAAUAUCUUCUCCGGUGGACAUAUUUAUACGGGUACGGGUUCGGUUGUCGAAGUGGGAAAAGUAUACCUGUGGCUUGAUUCUGCUAAUUAAAUAGUGUGACAGUUGGAUAACAAUUGAAUCUCAAUAGCAGUUUUAACCUUAGCGAGUAUUCUGCUACUAAUGUAAAACCAGUCGUAUUCCAAUGACAUUUCAUGGUUUGCCAUUGGUCUAUGGGGUAGUUUGCUCUGCAAUCGGACCUAAAUCAUUUGCAGACAAUAUGAUCCAUUAUUGAAUCACAGAAAAGGAUGAAAACAAAAAAAUGCGGAAUGCCACAUAUGCUUCAAUUGUAAUUGAAUCUUAGUUGGAUAUCAAUCGUAUGUUGCUCAAGUAAAAUUAGCAGAAUUAAGCCCCUGGAGAGAGAAGUGGACAAGGAGUCAUAAAAAUCAUGUGCUUUCUAAUAUUAUACUACGAAGAAACAUCGUAUUUAUUGUAACAUUGAAUUAAUCAUAUUUGUUAUUCAAUAUUGAUAUACUAGAUUAGGCAUUAGAAAUAGAUACCUAUAAUGUAGAUAAGAGCGUAGGUAUUAGAUCAUUGUUGGGAUUUAGUGUUUGAAUAUCAUAUGGACAUUUAGA